AUGACGAUUAAGCCCAAAUCGCCGGCGAGAUUCAAGCUCGGGAGACAGUCUUCGUUAGCGCCGGAUUCACGAACUCCGACCGAGACGGUAACGGAAGAUGAGGACGAAGAUUUGGUAGCGGCGGCGGCGGCUGGGAUCGUGGAUCCGACGAUUCGUUUAAUGUAUUUAGCUAACGAAGGUGAUAUCGAUGGGAUUAAGAAGAUGUUAGAUUCUGGAACUAAUGUUGAUUACCGUGAUAUCGAUGGUCGUACUGCUCUUCACGUCGCUGCUUGUCAAGGACGAACCGAUGUUGUUGAGCUUCUGCUUAAUCGUGGUGCUAAGGUUGUUUCGAUGGAUCGAUGGGGUAGUACGCCUCUUGCAGAUGCAGUGUAUUACAAAAAUAAUGAUGUGAUUAAACUUUUGGAGAAACAUGGUGCAAAGCCUCCGGGUACCUUUCAUAAGGCUUCAUGGCGUGGAAUUGAUGUGGCUGUUAAAACCUUUGGAGAGGAAAUGUUUACCGAUGAAGAUAAAGUGAAUGCGUUUAGGGACGAACUUGCACUGCUUCAAAAGAUACGCCAUCCGAAUGUUGUCCAGUUUCUGGGGGCAGUUACUCAAAGUACCCCCAUGAUGAUUGUCACAGAGUAUUUACCAAAGGGAGAUCUUCGACAAUAUCUAGACCGGAAAGGACCUCUAUUGCCAGCGCAUGCUGUGAAGUUUGCACUUGAAAUUGCUAGGGGAAUGAAUUAUUUGCACGAGCAUAAACCUGAAGCUAUAAUCCAUUGCGACCUAGAGCCUCCAAACAUACUGCGGGAUGAUUCGGGACAUCUGAAAGUUGCAGACUUUGGAAUCAGCAAGCUGCUGGUAGUUAAGAAGACAGUUAAAAAAGACAAGCCUACUACAUCAUUGGACAGUUCUUGGAGAUACAUGGCUCCGGAAGUUUACAGGAAUGAAGAGUAUGAUACAAAAGUAGAUGUAUUUUCUUUCGCUUUGAUCUUACAAGAGAUGAUAGAAGGAUGUGUACCAUUUCAUCUGAAAGAAGAAAGCGAAGUUCCGAAAGCAUAUAUUGAAGAUGAACGUCCACCAUUCAAUGCUUCAAUAAAAUCAUAUCCUUUCGGUUUAAGAGAGUUAAUCCAAGAUUGUUGGGACAAAGAAGCAUCAAAAAGACCAACGUUUCGAGAAAUCAUCACUGCUUUGGAGUUGAUAAGUGAUCGAAUCGCAAGGAAAAUGGGCUGGAAGGUGAGGCUAGGAAGGUGCCUUCCAAGAUUCAGAUUGUUUACGAAGAGAGAUUAUGUGAAUCCCAGUAGUGGCCGUUCAUCAAGCUCCAUCACCAGAUGA